AUGACUUCCUGCGAACCCCUCCAGCUCGUUGCACCCAACGGCGUCAAGUACAGCCAGCCGACGGGCCUGUUCAUCAACAAUGAGUUCGUCAAGGCCUCUUCGGGCCAGACGAUAACCUCCAUCGAUCCGGCCACCGAGAAAGAAAUCGCCACGGUCCAAGCGGCGAGUGCCAAGGACGUCGACGCCGCCGUCGAGGCCGCUCACAGGGCACUCCGCCACCCCUCGUGGAAGCAGCUCGCCGCCUCGGACAGGGGCCACCUGAUGAGCAAGCUCGCCGAUCGCCUCGAAGCAAACAAGCAGCUCUUUGCCACCAUAGAAGCCUGGGACAAUGGCAAAACCUACGCCGAGGCCCUCUCGGUCGACAUCGAGGAGGCCAUCACCGUCUUCCGCUACUACGCGGGCUGGGCCGACAAGAUAUGCGGCCAGACCAUCUCCACGACGCACCAAAAGUUUGCCUACACGCUCCGCCAACCCAUCGGUGUCGUCGGCCAGAUCAUCCCCUGGAACUACCCCCUCUCCAUGGCUUCCUGGAAGCUCGGCCCGGCCCUGGCCUGCGGCAACACGGUCGUCAUCAAGGCCGCCGAGCAGACGCCCUUGAGCAUCCUCGUCCUGGCCCGGAUGAUCAAGGAGUCGGGCUUCCCGCCCGGCGUCGUCAACGUCAUCAACGGCUACGGCAGGGAAGCGGGCACCGCCUUGGUCGAGCACCCGCGCGUCGACAAGGUCGCCUUCACCGGCUCCACGGCCACGGCCAAGACCAUCAUGAAGAUGGCCUCGGCGACGCUCAAGAACAUCACGCUCGAGACGGGCGGCAAGUCGCCCCUGCUCGUCUUUGACGACUGCGACCUCGAGCAGGCGGUCAAGUGGUCCCACCUCGGCAUCAUGUCCAACCAGGGCCAGAUCUGCACGGCAACGUCGCGCAUCCUCGUCCAAGACUCCAUCUACGACAGGUUUGUCGAGCAGUUUGCCCACACCACCAAGACGGUGAGCCGCGUCGGGCAUCAGUGGGACCCCGAGACGUAUCAGGGGCCCCAGGUCUCCAAGGCGCAGUAUCAGCGCGUGCUCGAGUACAUCGAGCUCGGCAAGUCCGAGGGCGCCACCGUCAUCUCGGGAGGCAAGCCCUUUGACGUCAACUCCAAGGGCUUCUUCGUCGAGCCGACCAUCUUCACCAACGUCACCAACGAGAUGCGCAUCUUCCAGGAGGAAAUAUUCGGCCCCGUCGUCGUCAUCAGCCGCUUCGCCGACGAGGAGGAGGCGGUCCGCCGCGCCAACGACUCCGCCUACGGCCUGGGCGCCGCCGUCUUCACCAAGGACCUCGAGCGCGCCCAUCGCGUGGCCUCGGAGAUUGAGGCCGGCAUGGUCUGGAUCAACAGCAGCCAGGACAGCGACCCACGCGUCCCCUUUGGCGGCGUCAAGCAGAGUGGCAUCGGCAGGGAGCUCGGCGAGGCCGGCCUCGAGGCCUACAGCCAGGUCAAGGCCGUCCACGUCAACAUGGGGAGCCGACUGUGA